GUCAAUUUCGGCUUGAAGAUUUCAAGGUUCGCAACCAAUAUGAAAUGCAAUACACCGAAACUCAUUUCUCAACUUCUUCUUCUUAUUACCAUUCACGAUGGCGGAUUACGGAAAUGAUAGGCAAAAGAAACGUCGGCUUACAAAAGAUGGCGAUUACGUGGAUACAUCCAAACCGACUGCCUUCUUUAAGCCAUAUAGUGGUCGGGACUGGACUAUUUCAGUAGCCAUCCCCGGAAGUGUCCUCUCAACCUGCCGACGAGAUGAUCAACGGACUGGCGUCGUUUCGCAUAUAGCACGUGCCCUUUCCGUCUUCAGCAUAGACGAAGUCAUCAUCUUCGAUGAUUCUCACCCAGAUACUCGUGCUAGAAAUGUUGAUCCUGCCAGUUACACAGGCGAUGUAGACCCUUGCGGGUAUCUUGAUCAUCUUCUACAGUAUCUAGAGAUGCCACCUUUCAUGCGCAGAACCCUACUGCCAUUGCACCCAAACUUAAAACAAGCUGGCCUUAUGGCAAGUUUAGAUAUUCCUUCCCACCCUCACCAAACUGACUGGCUACCUUACUGCGAAGGUGUGACUACGACAGGGAUGCCAAAAGGUGGGAAAGGAACGCUCGUCGAUGUUGGGAGAAGGGAACCAGUUACUAUUAGUCACGAGGUACCCCCCAAGACUCGUAUUACUGUUCAGAUUGAUGAAAACGACCCAUCGAAGGCGGAACCCGUGGACCCAAGUACGCCGCGCACUGAAGGUGGUUACUAUUGGGGCUACUCAGUGAGACGUUGCGGCUCACUUGCAAGUGUCUUUGAAGAGUGUGCUUAUGAAGGGGGCUACGAUCUAAGUAUCGGCACAUCAGAGCGCGGUCUCCCUAUACCCGAGGCCUUUCCAGACAAGAAGAAAAGGGAAAGCGCAAAUUUCCAACAUCUUCUCCUCGUCUUCGGUGGCCCUCGAGGUCUCGAGAACGCAGCUGAAAAUGAUCCAGAGUUGAAUGGCCUAGGAAUUGUUAAGGGGAGAACGAAAGAACUGUUUGAUCACUGGGUCAACAUCUUGCCAGGACAAGGAAGCAGGACGAUUAGAACAGAUGAGGCUCUGUUCAUUGGAUUGGCAGGUUUGAGGAAGCUGUGGGAUGGUAAAUAGGCGAAUGGGCGAUGAAUAGAAACUCCAGCGCGACGGCAAUUGCAUUUCGAUGGCAAGCAACCGAUACCCUAUUUUGCUAAUUUUGCUUUGGUUUUCUACUAUUGAUAUACCGAAUUCUUAGGAACGGGGUCCAAUUGUUGUUAAGUCAAUGUCAUCAACUUUCAGCUCCCAUCCUUUCCCUCUGAACCGCUUAGGCCAAAUACCAUUCCUACCAGGGGCAAGAAUCCCGUUC